CGAUGCAGGAACAGAACCUCCCUAAGAACCCCGCAGAAGCAGAUGAAGAAGAAGAAAUGCUGAAAGCGCAAUGCCACUGCGGCGGCGUAUCUUUUUCCAUCCUCCGGCCUCUACCCCCAUCUUCUUCGCCCUCAUCACCAACAAGAACGCGCGGAGAAAACGAGCCAAAAUCAGACAUCCUUCCACCAUCCCUAACCCCCCAAAACCCAUCAAAAUGGUUCGCCCUCCUCGACGUCUGCAAUACAUGCCGCCUCACCUCAGGCUGCGCAGUAGCAGCAUGGUGUUUCCCACUAGCGUCACCCCUUCACAACCCUCUUCGGCACCCUGAAACAAUACUCUUCUACCCCUGGAGUACGGCGUACUUUUUGCGGGAAAUGCGGCGCGACGGUGUCGUAUGA